AUGACCAAGAAGCGACCAGCAAGCCCGAAUCUCAUACCCAACCCAUUCAUCAAGAAGAAAAAUCUUGAAUGGACACUAGAUUCUCCAUCUACUACCAAAUCUGCUCAAUCCUCUCUCAUCCCUCCGCCACCCACCACAGCCGACAUCGAGUCUGGAUCAGCCACCAUAGAUGACCACCUCUCCCAUUUCAAAGCUCACCUUUCCGAACACAUUAUAACACCGUCCCCGCUGCUCCCUAUCUCGUCGUAUGCCUCACUCUACUCUAGCAACGUAGGCAACCCCCAAGGUGCUCACUUUGUCAUCCAUCAACAUGACCACCCCAUCGCUGGCACACAUUAUGAUCUCCGACUCCAGAUCAGUGAGACGAGCAGUGCCAGUUGGGCCAUCAUGUACGGGCUCCCAGGUGACCCAAAUAGUGUUAGACUGAAUCGAAAUGCCACCGAGACACGGAUUCAUUGUCUCUUGAACCACCUGAUAGAAACUGCUUCAUCGUCGACAGGUUCAUUACUCAUAUGGGAUACGGGAACAUACACUAUACUUCCCCGGAAGAGCAAGCACUCACCGUCAUCCGAUCCCUCAUCACCCCCAUCAUCACCAGAUCCACCGCCCGAAGCAACACCACAAGUCCUCUUACACGCCGCUUUCCAAAAACGCAAGAUCCGCAUCCGCCUCCACGGUUCUCGCUUACCGGACCCUUACGUUCUCAACCUCCGCCUCACCAAAUCAGAGGACGCUGCUGGGAGGGCAAAAAGCGGACGGGCGCCUCGAACUAAACGCCGUCGUCAGGGUAGAGGCGCUCCGCAGCCACAGUACGAGACAAGUGAUGAGGGUGAGAGUGAAGAUGGUAAAGGCGAAGACGUGCCCGUGACUGUUGAUACAGCCGCAAACGCAGAGAAGCUGUCUGCGAUGGAACGUGAGAUCCGCGAGCUCGAGGAUGAAAAAGUCCGUCUAACAAACGCCUACCCAGGGGCUUCCAAUACCAUUGGCAGCGUCCACCAGCGUCGAUGGUAUGUUUCAAUGGACCGAUCGGCCUGUGGUUUCGUUGAGAAGCGAACCAAGGGUCGUUCAAACUGGGAGUUAGACAAUCAUGCAGAACCCCACGAGACAGGGCCUAGCGAGGCCCAGGACAAGCUAACUGGUCGCCUGUCUUAUCCAUUCUACGUUCGUGGCGCCGAAUGUGAGCGCAGUGUUGUGACGGGACGGCGAGGUGCUGACAUUCUCAAGGACGAGGGGGUGAAAGAUUUUGUGCAACGCAAAGGUUGGGAACCUGUGCUGAACUGA